CCGCGUACGUGCAACAAAAGGCUCCGCCUAACGAGGCGGAGCUUAGGGAAGCGGCGGGCGGCCGGUGGCGGUCCGGGAGCUGCUGCUGCUUCUGCGGCGGCUGCACCGGCGGUGCCGAGGCCGAGACGGAGGCCGGGGUGCGGGCUUAGCGAACGUGCGAGGUCCUGGCGGCUCGGCUGCGCCAGCCCUUGCGGCUACUCGAGCGUCUCGGCGGGUCUGUGAGCCGCCCCGGCGAGGAUGCGGCUGUUCCGGUGGCUGCUGAAGCAGCCGGUGCCCAAGCAGAUCGAGCGCUACUCGCGCUUUUCGCCGUCGCCGCUCUCCAUCAAACAGUUCCUGGACUUCGGGAGAGAUAAUGCAUGUGAGAAAACUUCAUACAUGUUUCUACGAAAGGAACUUCCCGUGCGACUGGCUAACACAAUGAGAGAAGUUAAUCUUCUGCCGGAUAAUUUACUUAACCGCCCUUCAGUGGGAUUGGUUCAGAGCUGGUACAUGCAGAGUUUUCUUGAACUUUUGGAAUAUGAAAAUAAGAGUCCUGAGGAUCCAAAGGUCUUGGAUAACUUUCUACAAGUUCUGAUUAAAGUCAGAAAUAGACACAAUGACGUGGUUCCUACAAUGGCACAAGGAGUGAUUGAAUACAAGGAGAAGUUUGGGUUUGAUCCUUUUACUAGCACUAACAUCCAGUAUUUUCUGGAUCGGUUUUAUACCAACCGCAUCUCUUUCCGCAUGCUUAUUAACCAGCACACACUUCUGUUUGGUGGUGACACAAACCCUGCUCAUCCUAAACACAUAGGAAGUAUCGAUCCCACCUGUAAUGUAGCAGAUGUGGUGAAAGAUGCAUAUGAAACAGCCAAGAUGCUGUGUGAACAGUAUUACCUGGUAGCUCCAGAGCUGGAAGUUGAAGAAUUCAAUGCCAAAGCACCAGACAAACCUAUUCAGGUGGUUUAUGUGCCCUCACAUCUGUUUCAUAUGCUAUUUGAGUUGUUCAAGAACUCAAUGAGAGCAACAGUCGAACUCUAUCAAGAUAAAAAAGAGGCCUACCCUGCUGUUAAAACCCUUGUUACUUUGGGUAAAGAAGACUUAUCCAUUAAGAUCAGUGACCUAGGUGGUGGUGUCCCACUUCGAAAAAUAGAUCGUCUUUUUAACUACAUGUAUUCGACUGCUCCUAGACCCAGCCUGGAGCCUACCAGAGCUGCCCCUUUGGCUGGAUUUGGUUAUGGUUUGCCAAUUUCCCGUCUAUAUGCUAGAUAUUUUCAAGGAGAUCUGAAACUGUAUUCCAUGGAAGGAGUGGGUACUGAUGCUGUCAUUUAUUUGAAGGCUCUUUCAAGUGAGUCAUUUGAGAGACUUCCAGUUUUUAAUAAGUCUGCAUGGCGCCAUUACAAGACCACUCCUGAAGCUGACGAUUGGAGCAAUCCCAGCAGUGAACCCAGGGAUGCUUCAAAAUACAAAGCAAAACAGGACAAUUAAAUUUCCUUCAAGUUACCAACUUUCCAGGGACAAGAUCAAAACUAAUAGAACUUUCUAGAGGAUUGAAUGAUCUGGUCCUCUUUGUGAAGAAACAUUGUCUUCUGCAAGUCAACCAGAGAGAACUGCUUUCUCCCACCUGCUGAGCGUGGCAUCAUAGUUAUUCCUAGUGCUUGAGCGUGUAUCUUCUCUGUACCACCUGGACUUUUUCAUGGAGCUUUUCCUGUAACUACUCCAGAUCUUCCACUAAAGUUGUAACUUGUUUAUGGCAUCUUGCUGUGGUGUGAUUGACGCCUGUCGCCAAAGAGCACGGAGCCUCCUUACAGCUCUUGUGCCCUCGUACUCUCCAUCUUACUAUCAUAGCGUCUGAUGUCUUCAGUCCCUCCAGGAUUCUGCACGCCUUCCCCGUUGCAGAUACAGCAGAUCAUACUGUUGCUCCUUGUGACCAAAUACCAUAUUUGUCCCAAACCUCCACCUAGGGCCCCAGGACCCUGGAAGUAGAAGACAUCAGCUGGACAAGCCCUGAUGAUUUAGUCCCAGGGCCUUUUGUUCUCCCAUGCCUCCCUCUGCCACUCUGUGAUUUAGACUUUUGCCUUCUUUCAUCUGAUUGGAUUCUCAUUGUGAGGUGUGAUGACUUUCAUGUUAGAUCUUCCUCAUUGAUGCCUUGAUUUUAUUUUAAAAUUCAUUUGUAUACUUCCGUUGAUUAAAGCAUUCCAAAUGUUGUCUUAGAAUUUUUCACCCAACUGAUUGGUUUAAAAGAUCUUAAGUGAAAAACUGCCUCCUGGUCAAUACCAAAUUUGUAAAGAGUGUGAAGUGGAGUUUUUAUGCUUCUGUCAAACUUCCAUCUAUCUAAUACUGUACCUGUGUCAUAUUUUAUUCCUUUGUAGUCUUCAAAGGAAUUGGAAGUUUCAGUGUGAUGCACUUUACUAGUUGUAAAAUAGACUAUCGGAGGGAAAAGGCCUCUCUAGUCUAUUUUUGAAAAAUGCUUCAGGUCUUGAUAAUUUUUAUUUUCAUUAAUCUUAGCCAGUUUUAGAAUUGUCAGCUCAAUCUGAUUUUCACAGUUGUUUUUGGUAAAAGUUGGAAGUGGGAAUUAGCAGAUGACUUGAGAUAGGGAAAGAGGAAUGAUGUUAUAUUUACCCUUAGAAAUAGGAGUUAUCUAAGAGUCCGGAUUGAAACCAGCAUCCUAUAUACAGUUCCACAGGAUGUGCUUCUCUUCAUGGUGAUUUUUCAUAUGUAUCAUCUACUUUGACUUCUGCCCUGCUUUAAUGUCCGUAUAAAUGUUUCAGUCCAAUUUGUGUUGAGUCCACUGAUGUAGAAGUUUUGAUUUGUAAACCAUUCAUCCUGCUUUAGUCAUGUGAUAGUACCAGUAUAAUUAGCCCCACUCCCACCACUGUGGGGGAUUUCUCCCCAAGAGGAGGUGUGCUUUGACCAGCUGCAUGUGGCUUGAUUGCAUUACUGUUUCUCUUAGUUCCGCUGGAUCUGGUUUUCUUUUAUUUCAUUAUAUUACCUGAGCUCAGGGCAUAUAUCAUUCAUCUUUAGAAAGAGCUCAUCUCUUCCAUCCUUAGAAGGAUCCCAUCAGAAAAUGUAUAUGUAAUCAGUCAGGUGAAAGAAAUACUGAUGUACUUCCAAGAGACUGGUGCGAGGGGGGCCAUAGGAAGCCCAUAGGUCUGAGGACUGAGUCAGUGUCUUGGGGAUGGGACUGUUCCAUAUGAUUAUUUUUGUGUGGUGUAAAAAAUGUUAAAAAAAAAUGGUCCUUACAUGCAAAGACCCUAGCUUCGUUUUGUUUUUUGUUUUUUGAAACACAGUUUCACUCUGUUCCCGAGGCUGGAGUGCAAUGGUACGAUCUCAGCUCACUGCAACCUCCGCCUGCCAGGUUCAAGUGAUUCUUGUGCCUCACCCUCCCAAAUAGCUGGGAUUACAAGCACUUGCCACCAUGCCCAGAUAGUUUUUGUAUUUUUAGUAGAGAUGGGGUUUCACCAUGUUGGCCAGGCUGUUCUCGAACUCCUGACCUCAAGUGACCCGCCCACCCUACCUCCCUUAGUGCUAGGAUUACAGGUGUGAGCUGCUGCACCCAGCCCCUAGUUUCCUUAUAAACAUGAGAUAUUAUCUUCCUAGGCUUCAAUUUUCAACGAUACUCCUUUACGCUUUUAAGUGUGAUACAUUGUAGGAAAGAGGAGGCAGCAGUUUAGGGCAUGCCGCCUACUCCCUGACUCUGACAGUAUUUCUCUUGUUUGAGGAAGGCCCAUCGAUCGCCACAUCUUCAUGAGCAGCACCAUGUAAGGGGCUCAAUAUGGAAAAUAUGGUGUAGAAAAAUUCCAUCACAUUCUUCCCUUUACAAGUGUUUUCAAAAGUAAAGAUUGAUUUCAGUGUGGCUUACUCACAUCCAUCUGACCCCCAGUGCAAUCUUGCUUCUCCUGUCUUUGUUUUUCUUCAUUAAAAAUUUAUCUUUAAUUCUAAAGCAACUGCAAAAAGAGUUUCAGGAAUAGCUUGUGUUCUCCUAGCUUACUAGCCCUUUUACCCAAGUGCUCAUUGAUCCUUUUUCUCAACUGUACAUGAUUCUCUGAAUUUAGGCAGAGAAUCUGGCUGUUUACUGGGUUUGCCUAUAAGCCAGUGGUCAUAUUUCUCCACAUAGGUUGUAACACAAAUAGACAUGGACCCUUUUUCAGCUAAAUUCUUUCCCAUUCCUCUGUAUUGCUCUCUCACUUAUUUAAUUUUAAGUGGGGACCGUGUCUAUUUAAAAUAGUGCCUGACACAUAGUAGGUGCUUAACAAACAUUAUUAUUAAUAAAUAAUAUUAAAAUAAUAUUCAUAAAUAGUAGGUGAAUCAAAACUGUCAGACAUUUUCCUUGGAUGGUAGGGCAACAUAUAAGUUCUUAAACCAUCCUUGUCUCUAAAUUAAAAAUAUGGAAAUUCAGGUCGGAGCUGUGGAUGUGCUGAAUUUCCUUAUAGUGCUAAGAGAUGACUUUAAAAUGUAGAAAAAUGAAAAGAAGUGGAAGGAUAGAUCCACAGGAGCCAUCUCUUCCUUUUAUGUCUAUAAAUAUCUGAUUUUGUCUCCUGAAUACAGAAUUCUUUCCAUCCAAACAGUGUGACAUGGUUUUAUAGCCUUGCUUAUAGAUUCCAAAGACCGUUCGCAUACAGCAUGCCAUUUGAUCCUUACGAUGCCAUGAGGUGGACCAUGCAGGUAUAUCUCUAUUUUUCAUAUGAAUCCCAAAGCAGUUAAAUAGUUUGCCAAGGUGGCAUGGUAAGUUGAUGGAAGGGCCAAAGCAAGCAGUUAGGUAGUGCUCUGAACAAUACACCAGGUGAUUCAUAUUAUCUCUUAAGGAAUUUCUUGAGUAUACUAAUUCUCAAAGGGUAAGCUCUAAACCCCAAAUUUUCUAUAGGGCAAGUUAAUUCCAUUCAGGGAGGUUUUCUUUUGUGUGUUUCCAUUUUGGCAUAGUUAGAGGAGAUAAUCAGAUGGAUUUGGCAGCUUUUACCUAAAAAGACAGGCAACUUGAAGUGGAUAGCUGUAGGUAAUUACUAGAGUUAUUUAGAUUUCUGUGUCUGAAUGAAUUCAGUGCUUACUGCCAGCCCUUUCAUACAAAGACUCCACAUUUGAGAGUUGAUGCUUUUAUCUUUUUGCAGACUGGAUUACAGCUUCAGUUGGGUUUUGUUGCGUAUUUACAAAUGUAUUCCUGUUGCUGUUACUUACGAACAAUAACUUGGCUGGCUGUCAGAUUCUUGGAUCACAUCCUUUUUCCUUCCAUUCUCUGGAGACAUGAUGUUAUUGUUACUUUAUUGUUGUCCAUAUCUGGUGGCACUGAAAGGUCUGAGUCCUGAUGGCUUUUUCUUCCCCUUUUGUAGGUGACCUGAUUGUUUGCCCUGGAUACUUGAAUUCCUUGUUUAUCCUCGAAGUUUAGUAACUUAAGUGGAGUAUAUCUCAGGAUUGACUGUUGUCUGUUGCCUUUUUCUGGAAUGCGCUGAGCAUUAGAUAUUGUCAUUUCAGGCCUCACUGCAUUUUGUAUCAGUUUAGUCUGUUCUCUUCUUCAAAACUUUGUUUUUGUAUUGGCUGUCAUCUGUCCUUCACAUUUAUCUUUCCUUAGAUGGCAUUCAUCUCAUCUUCAUACUGUAUGAUUUUUUCUCAAGUCUUAUCCUCCAUUUCAGUGACUGACUCAGUUUUCUGUACUGUUGAUUCUAGGGCUUGUUCCUUAUAAUGUGGCUUCCACUUCUGUUACAGUUUUGUUUUAUUUUAUUUUAUUUUAUUGAGACAGUGUCUCACUCUGUCACCCAGGUUGGAGCGCAGUGGUGCGAUCUCUUGUCACUGCAACCUCCGCCUCCCAGGUUCAAGCGAUUCUCUUGCCUCAGCCCCCCGAGUAGCUGGGAGUACAGGCUUAUGCCACCACGCCUAGCCAAUUUUUGUAUUUUAGUAGAGACAGGGUUUCACCAUGUUGCCCAGUCUGGUCUUGAAAUCCCGACCUCAAGUGAUCCACCGGUCUCAGCCUCCCAAACUUCUGGGAUUAUAGGUGUGAGCCACCAUGUGCAGCCUAGUUUCAUUUUUUAUCUCUUUCUUUUCUUAGCUCAUUAUGUUGUUGUCUUUGAUUCCUUAUUUCUUCCAGGGCUGAACAAUUUUGUGUACAGUUUUCAUGUUUAUGAGCUCAUUCUUUUUCCAGCAUGUAUUUAUCUAUCCUUUGCGUCUUUCAUUCCUUUUCUUGUAUUAUUUUGCUUUUAUCUUGAUGCACAAGUAUCAUGAUGACCCCUUCUGCUUAUGAUGUCUUUGAAUGGUACCGGUUCUAUCUGUCCAAGAAGAGUGGGUAAAUCCUCCUUGACUCCUCCUCUUUUGAGCAAGACAUGUUUGAAUGAUAACCUUAGCACUUGAACUCUAAGGCUAGCUCUUGAUGGGCUAUAGUGGUGGAGGGUGUUUUUGGUUUUCAUUGAUUCUGCUAUUUGGAUUUGGGAGAAUAAGGAGUGAUGCGAAGCGUCCUUGGAACAUGUUGUCUGUGAGUGCCUUCGAUAGACUUUGUUGAAUCCGCUGCCCUGGGGGUGGCCAGGUCCCACUGGGAGAGAGAUCCUCUUUGCAUUUCCCCAUUCCCACUAGUUAUCCUAGCAGGAACAUGGUGGGUUUGUACUUCUGCUCUCCUGGAUUGCACAUGGCGCAUAUUUGUGAAAUCAGCUCCUGAGGUAGUUUCUCUCCUCUGGUCCUGCUUCUCACUGCUCUUCCUCUUUUGGAUACAGGAGGGGAUGAACACACAUGGUGCAUCUGAGAUCUCAACCUCCCGUCCUCGUUUUUGUGGAAACAUGCCCACACAGAGUGUGGUUCGCCUCUCCUAACUGUUGCCAGUACUGUUUUGCCAAGUUAAAUGAUCAGUAGAGUUCUUGGAAAUCCUCUCAUUAACUGCUCAGCAAUUGUGGCCACUGGAGACUGGGAGAAAUGCUGGGCAAAUGCAAGAAUGCUUCUUUGAUUCAUCCCCAACUUGGUUGUAUCUGUCAGAUAUUGCCCUGGAGUCUGUGGUAUGGAGUUGUGGCUUUUACUAGUUUCAUUACAGACAGCUUUUCUUGUUCAACUUUUGGAUGUGUGGGUCAGAGGGCAGGAGCACUUAAAUAAACAUGCAUUUGUUCUGCCAUCUUUUUGGCAGUCCAGAUGCCUAAACAUUGGCUUUGAAGCUAAUGUCCUUCGUAAUCUACAUUUGAGCAAACAGAAGGAAGCAAUAUUGCCAGCAAGAAAGGAUGAUUAACAACUUAACCACUAUGGGAUUUUUGUUUACUGUUCUUUGUGGAAAGAUGACUUUUAAGUCAGGUUCCUGUCUCACUGAUUAGAGAUAUCAGUACCUUCUGGUUUGAAAAUAGAGGACAUGCGACAUUUUAAUGAACUUAAGUUAUCAACCAUUGACAAUUAUUAAUUAGCUGAUUAAAUAUGAUAGAAUAUUCCAAACUAGCACAUCACCAGAGUUACCAAGAGAAGCCUGAGCUCUUCUUUAUGAAUAGGUUGUUGUUGGAGCUGUGCCCCUGAGGGGGGUUAACACCUCUGAGACCUUAACUGUGCCACAGGUUUUCUUACCUGUCUUUUCAAUCAACCCAUUUUAAAAUUUGGUUAAUCAAGAAAGAGAAAAGUGUUAAGUCUUCAUCAGAAUAUUUUUUUGAUUUUUCUUGAAUAUAUAUUCACCUAGUUUGGAGACCUGGAGCCCACCACCAAAUCACACCAAAUUAAUGUUUGAAAGCGAGUUUGUAGGUAGAUGCCAGGGCUGGGGUUUUAUUUGGCCUUUUUGUAGAAUGGAAGCCACCUUGCCUCAGUGGUGAGCACAUCCCACCAGACAUCCAGCAGCAAACUUUCAUCACCUUCAGAGCUCCAGCAUAACGGCCAAGGAGCACUAGUGACAGCCUUGCUGUAUGCACCAAGUUCCAUCCUGGGCAGUACCUUUCCCUAGCGUCUGUCCUGGUGUGAAAUGGAGACUCGAAGACCAGUACCCACAUGUAAGAGAGACUAACAAAGGGAGGGUGGCAGGGAGAGGAGUCAUGUGAAGGAAAGCUACCUUUAAUCCUCCAUUGCAAUACUGUCCAAUGUUGCCAGUGUGCUAGAAACUGUGUUGAAUGCUGGGCACGUGUCAGGGGUCAAAGCAGACAGAAACCCCUGCCUUAUGAACCCACAUUCUAUUAGGGAAGACAGACUAGAAACACAAUAAGGAUAUUUAAUAGUACAAUUGAGAGAUGAGUGCUGUGGAGAAAAAUCAACCCAGAAAAAGAGAUGCAGGAGGUAGUACCAAAUCUCCAUGUUGUUUUCAUCACGGAUAGGUGCAUUCCUUAGAAGACAAAGCGUUAGUGAUUCCUGAGUUUUUCUCACCUUCACUGAUCAAUCACCUUCAAUUGAUCUGAAUUCGGAGAGUCUGUUUUCUGUGCCUGCCUCUGCACGCAGCUCUGCAGGGGACCCUGUCGAGGUCCCCACACUAUGGCUUCGGGUAGACAGAACAAACCGGAGCCCAUUUCAGAUCAUUGUCUUGCUGACCAAUGGGGAACAGUGGUCAGGUGAGAGGAGGCAGCUUUUACAAUCAGACUUCAUUGAAUAGUGUGGGCUGCUGUUUCCUUGUAACAAAACCCCAUAAUUACAGCAGUUUCCGGAUGUGUCUUUUUAGGACUUCAGAACUCAUUAUUUGAAUAGAAGUUUAAAGCAUCUGGAUGAUGAUGCUGUAGCUAAAACAGCUGCUUGUCAGAAGAGACCCUAUUUAACACUUCCAAACUUGUUUUAGAGGUGGAGGAAAGGAUAAUCUGGGAUGGCUUCUCUCUCAGGUUCACAGGUCAGUAACAGCUAUAUACAUCCCCCAAAAGGAAAAUAAAAUGACAACAAUAUUUUGGUCACAGAAUUCCUGAGAAACCUCUGUUUCUACCUUUCUGUCUCUAAGAGAGUGACAUGAAUUCCCCAUGAUCUGGGUGGUAAGGGUUAGGGCGGCCAGGACACUGUUACUUUGUGUGUGACACAGGUGGCUCCUUAUGACAGUUCUUCCUUGCCUCAGAGAGAAUAUCAGAGCCAUGGCGGGGGCCAGGGGGACUUGCAGUUUUCUGUCUGGUUGUCCCUGAGGGUAGAGCUGAGUGACCCAGCAGUGGGGGAUUUAAAAACUGGAGAAGAAGUAGGAUGUGUUUAAUUAUCCCUAUAGGUAGGGCCAAUUUGUCACCCUUUAAAUAAACUUAUUUGUAUAUAAACUAAAGCAUUUUAGGGCAUCAUUACUGAAAGCAUCCAAGCAAAUGUCUGAUACAGUUAUGUGCCUGCAUUAAAAGAAAGCACCUCCCUUAUCUCGCCUUAAUAUCCUUACAGUGUUUUAAUAAGUUCGAAAUGCAUCCUGUAAGUGCAUUUUUUUUUUUGCAUAAAACACCUAAGAUGGAGAAUUGACUUCAGUUCUCUUCAUCCUUUCCCCUUAAGUGUUAGUGAUGCUGCAGGGGCAGCAUGCCUCCCAUUGGAAGUGGUGACUUCCUCAUUUGAUAGAGGUUUGCAUGUCUCUUGAAAAUGAGAAGAAGCAGAGAUUGACUUCUGGAGUCCCAUGGUCCAGUUUGGACUAUUGGGAAUAUUUUUUGUGGGAUUUAAAAAAAAUUAGAGACAUGAGAUAGUACAUUUGUGGUACCGGAUCCAGGAAGCUUACAGUGAAGAGUAUGAACGUAACCUGAAAAGUAUUUCUCUGUUCUAUAAAUCUCUCAGUGACAUUUGGAUUAAUCAAGCAUAAUUAAAUGUAGUUAGAUUUUUGUCAGAUUGUAGUUCAAAAUAAUAUUCAUCUAUGGAGAGGGUAAUAUAUUCUGUAGAAAUUUUAUUAAGCACUUUAGUUAAGCAAACACUAAGGAGAACAAAAUCAACCUCAGGAAGGUUAAUUACUAAAAAAACAAAGUAUAGUAGAUUAUGUAAAUCAUUUUAAUUUUGAAUACUGUGGCUUGAGCUUUAAUUUACAUAGACAGGUAUUUUGAAUUUGUUUUUCACAUUAUAUUUUCUAAAAGUAUAGACUUGCAAUUGCAUUCUUUAAAAGUGCUACUCAUUUUAGGAUUCCAUUAAGUUUGCUUAACUUUUUUCAUGUUAUAGUUUCCAAAAGCAAAGAAUUACAGUUCCAUUCUAGCUAAUUAUUUUAAUAUUCCACUAAGUUUGUGUAAAUUGUAAGACCAUAUUUUUAGUUCUAUACAAAUGAUGAUAUUAAGAGAAGUAUCAGGAGAGAGGGUGUAUGUGAAAGCAUCCCGCCCAUGCCUGGCCUUGCAGUAAGUGUUCAUUUAAAAGAAAAAUUUAAAAAGAUAAAACCUAAGAGUUUAGACUAUAGUGUUUUAGUAAUUUCUUUAAAGGGAAAAGUAAAGAGAUCAAAUUGAUUUUAUAUGUAUUUUUUUUUUGUACUCAGAGAAUUACAUUUUCACUACCCCCACCUGUCUCAGGGAAUAGUCUUUGAUAAGAAUCCCAUGGAAAUCUCUGGAACUCUAUUAUAGUGUGUUCAGAUUUGAUAGUUUUAUGUAAAUUUCAGAGCUAGAGCUUCAAAACUAGAGUAUUGUAAUCUCAGGAACAUAAGAUUAUCCAAGAAACCUGAACUUUGCUCUUUUCCUAAUAAAUGACAUCCAAAUUUCCUUUGUCUAGAAGAUAAGCAUAGAUCCCUUUUAUCAUGCUUCUCUGAGAUUUUCACAGAAAAACCCUGCAAUUUGAUUUUGUUUGAUAAUUUUGCUUUUUGGCUUUUCAGUGAGGAUUUUAUUUUCCAUUGGAGCUGACUCCUUUGGGAAUAAAAAGCUUUCACUUAAAAGAACAUUCCAUUAGAUAAUUCUAACUUCAAUGAACCUUAAAGUGGCUUCUUAGAAUUCUCUAGAUAACUUUUGCAAAUGGGCCAAAACAGCACAAAUAUCAACAAUCAUGUAUGUACUAAGUAAUAUUUGCCCUCCAGUUAGCAAAGUCAAGAAAUGUCUAACUCUGGCACAUAGCACUGGUUUAACUACUCUUUAGUUCAUCUUUGCCUUCCAAAUUGGUUGAAAAUGGCAAGCAUAGAAUGGAAUGCAUAUUAAUAACAGAACCACUUAAUGUUUUAAAUAUUCUUACCUUGAGAUUCUUUUUGAGAGAAAUGAAAGAAUCUUAAUACCCAAUUCCAGUUCUUUUGGCUUUUCACAUAUGAUAGACAGGAAAAAGGCAGUUACAAAAAUGGAAUCUGAUUGGAAGUCAGUGGUGUCCACCAUUGAGCUGUGCUAAAUGUCGUGUCACAAAAGGAGUUUGUGAAAACAGGUAGGUUGAGUAGAAAAUGUUAUACUGUUGUUUCUGUUGUGGCACUGCUUUCUUAUAAAUUCCAUUUGCUUUUUGUCACCUGAGCUGUUACAACCAUGAGAAACCUCAGUCCAUAUUUUUAAAGGCACUAUAUACUUAUAGUAAGACCCGACUUAUGCCUUCAUCAAAAAAAAGUUGAGGUUAACAUUCCACAUGUUUAAUCAGCAUGUUUUAGAAUAUUUACAGCUAAAGUCUGUCACAUUAGGGAUUUGACAAAACUUGAGACUGCCUGCUCCUGAAGAGUGACCAGGCAGAAUAUUCCCAGCCUUGUAACCAGCAUUAAAGAGUAAACUAUAAGGGGCUUGAUGAGGUUCUAGAUCUGUUCCUUUUCUCCUAGAUGCCUGGGUAACUCCUGGGGAAAGCAUCACAUUAAGUCAUUUGGUAUCUUGCUUUUCAAGCAAAGUAUGUGAUUUUGACCAAUGAAUUGUACAUCUAUUUAAAAAUUACCAAGUGUAACUUGACUCUUGAAUGGACAGUCAAGGCAAGGUGACUUAGGAAAUAUAAAGUAUGGAGUAUUUUUAAAAAUUCAGAUUGAUUUAUUCACUGUUGGAGGAAUUGAAUUCUGUUGCCUCCUUCAUUUCCAUUAUGUUUUUGUUUGAAUUGUGAUGCUCUCUUCUCAUUGUGAUGCUUAGUUCUCAUAUAGAACUGAGUGCCACACUCUGAUUAGAAACCGGAGUUGUGCUCGAGUCAGUCCUGAAAAACAUUUUUAAGAAGAACGGAACAUACUACUUUGGCAUUCUGGCUGACCCUAAUCUCUGUACAGUUCCUUGGUGUUAAAAUCAUUUGAGGUCCUAAUUGCUGCUUAUGGUUUAUAUACACACCAUCUGCUGCUCUAAGUUUACAUCCUCUCAAAAGUAUGCAAGUGCUUGAAAUUUCAGUGUUUCCCAAAUCUAGAACAACUUGUGACUACCUAAGAAAUGCUUGAACCAAAUAAGAAACGCCACUGUGGAAUAAAAUAUACCAUUGUGAACAUAUCUGAUGCUGCAAUGAAAUGUAAAGUUCCAUACUUUACUGAUUUUUUGUCAUUUGACUGAUAAAGGCGGUGUCUAAACUGGGAACAGCUGCUAAUAGGGUAAAAGUAUUAUACAUGAAAUAAAAGUUCAUUACAAUAUUUGUACUCAUAAGUCAAAAUCUGACCUGGUUCGCUUUAUGCCUCUGUCAGCCUAGUUACAGUGAUAAAUGUAUACAUGAGUCCAGUGUUCCCAAGCAGCUUUGUUUAUAGAAAGAAGCUUGGUUCCCUGAGUACUAUGCUGUUCUGUGGCCUGGCUGGUACACGCCAUCAUGAAUGAAGGAUGACUUUGGUUAGAGAUAAUCUGUCACGCCACAUUCCAUGGAGAAAAGUGUUUCAUUUUGAUGGUUGGGAAAACAUGACCAGAGAAGUGUAUGACUUAGAUAACAUUUCUCGUAACUUGCAGAGAAAUCUGUGGUGUCUGUCAUAGCCAAACUAGUCCUGGAGCACGUGGACAAUUCUGUACCCCAAUAAUCAGAACAAUAAAAUGGUAGUUGUCACUCA